UGUGUGUGAUAAGCUUUCGCAGUUUUAAAGCGCAACUUCCUCUCCUCGCUCCCCGGUGUGUGUGUGUGUAUACGUGUGUGUGUGUGUGUGUGUGUGUGUGUGUGUGUGUGUGUGUGUUCUGUCGUCAGCCUCGCAAGCCCGCAGAGGAAGGCUGACACUGUCACACACAGCCACUGAACUUCCCGUCAAGACAACUCAGCACAGGCGAGAAAAAAGCUGCUGCUGCUGCUGACAAAAAAGAAAAAAAGGGGGAACAACAUCAAGAGAAGAGAAGAGGACACACACACACUCUCCGGGUCCACAAGGCAAAGAAAACGGUGCCAUUGUCCUCCAGCUGAGGGGACGAGCAGAGGCAGGUCUGGUGCUCUGCUGCGCGGCUCCCUGCAGAGAGUAGCCCGGCUAGCUGCAGCACGGAGCGGCUUGCACAGGCUGUGAGUGAGGGGCUUAUUUUAGCCACAAUCGGGACAUUUAUCUUACUGAUGGGAGCUUUUAUCCGAUAGUCAUCCAUCCCUUCCCUUCCCUUCCUCUACCCCCCCACUCCUAUUCCCUUCCCCCCCUCACCACCGUCGGACCCUGGCUCGGAUCCGCCACUCGGGCGCUGUCCUCGCCGGGGGGUGCCGGAUCAUCACCACCAUCAUCUCCCGGUCCAGCUAACUCCCAGGAGGCGGUUCGGUGCGCCCCUGACCCCCCGGCCCCCUUUUCCUCGCCUGUCUGCCGGUGUGGCCGACCCCUAGCCGAGCCCUGAACAUGGCAGGGAACCUGAAGAAAGGCGGGGGGCUCAUCGGCAUGAUGAAGGAUGCCUUCCAGCCGCACCACCACCACCUCCACUCCCAUCACCAGCCCGGGGCCGUGGACAAAAAGACGGUGGAGAAAUGCUGGAAGCUGAUGGACAAGGUGGUGCGUCUGUGCCAAAACCCCAAAUUGGCUCUGAAGAACAGCCCCCCUUACAUCCUGGACCUGCUGCCAGACACCUACCAGCACCUGCGCACCAUUUUGUCCCGCUAUGAGGGCAAAAUGGAGACUCUGGGGGACAAUGAGUACUUCCGGGUCUUCAUGGAGAACCUAACCAAGAAAACCAAGCAGACCAUCAGCUUGUUCAAGGAAGGCAAAGAGCGCAUGUACGAGGAGAAUUCUCAACCCAGGCGGAACCUCACCAAGCUGUCGCUGAUCUUCAGUCACAUGCUUGCUGAGCUGAAGGCCAUCUUCCCCAACGGUCUGUUUCAGGGUGACAACUUCCGCAUCACCAAGGCGGACGCUGCAGAGUUCUGGAGGCGCUCCUUCGGGGACAAGACCAUCGUGCCUUGGAAGGUUUUCCGUCAGUCUCUCCACGAGUUUCAUGCCAUCAGCUCCGGAUUGGAAGCCAUGGCCCUCAAGUCCACCAUAGACCUCACCUGCAACGACUACAUCUCUGUCUUUGAGUUUGACAUCUUCACUAGGCUAUUCCAGCCUUGGUCGUCCCUUCUGCGGAACUGGAACAGCUUGGCAGUUACUCAUCCCGGGUACAUGGCCUUCCUCACGUACGAUGAGGUCAAAGCACGGCUGCAGAAGUUCAUUCACAAGCCUGGCAGUUACAUCUUCCGACUGAGUUGCACAAGGCUGGGCCAGUGGGCCAUCGGCUACGUGACAGCAGAUGGAAACAUACUCCAGACCAUUCCCCACAAUAAACCCCUCUUCCAAGCUCUCAUCGAUGGCUUCAGGGAAGGAUUCUAUUUAUUCCCUGAUGGCCGGACCCAGAACCCUGACCUGACAGGACUGUGUGAGCCUUCGCCUCAAGACCACAUCAAAGUCACACAGGAGCAAUAUGAGCUGUACUGUGAGAUGGGCUCGACUUUCCAGCUGUGUAAGAUCUGUGCAGAGAAUGACAAAGAUGUGAAGAUUGAGCCCUGUGGUCAUCUCAUGUGUACCUCCUGUCUCACUGCCUGGCAGGAGUCAGAAGGUCAGGGAACGGGAUGUCCCUUCUGUCGCUGUGAGAUUAAGGGUACGGAGCCUAUCGUCGUGGAUCCUUUUGACCCCAAGGACAACAGUGGGGGCUCAUGCAGGCUCAUGUUCGGGGCUGAGGGUGCUCCAUCACCCAGUUAUGAUGAUGAUGACGAUGACAGACUUGAAGACCCCCACCUCAUGAUGAGCAAACUUGCCUGUACAAAGGUGGAGCGGCCUCCAUCACCAAUGUCCACGGCUCCUCAGUCCUCUCUUCCUCCCGUUCCGCCCAGGCUAGACCUGCUACCACACAGAUCUUCCAACUCCCCUGGUGCCUCCAGCCCUGGAGCCACCUCUAAGGCAGCAUCUCACCACAAAGACAAGCCUCUACCACUCCCCCCAGCGCUGAGGGAUCUCCCCCCUCCUCCUCCUCCAGACCGUCCCCACACCGCGGGGGCGGGCCCUGAUGGACGGAUGCAAAGGCGGCCAUUACCCUGCACUCCGGGGGACCCCCUUCGAGAUAAACUGCCUCCAGCUCCCCCAAACCGGCAGAUGGCUGACUGGAACUCCAGGCCUGUUCCCAAGGCCCCCACCUCAUCUUCCUCAUCCUCCUCAUCAUCUUCCUCGUCCACCCAAGUGUCCAGUCUGGGUGGGGAUAUUCGGGCAGGUGUUAGGGAACUCUCCAACCGACACUCCCUCCCCUUGGCGCUGCCCUCUGCUCUGGACACACGCUCGGACUCACAGAAGAACAACAGCUCCCUCAGUCUGGACCAUCAGCUGAAUUUUGCUGCAGCAGCCGGUCAAGAUUAUGACAACCCCAAAGUCAAGCCCUCAGCUUCAGCCAACGCUAUCUAUGCACUGGCAAACAGACCGGCUUCAGCUUUGAGGUCAGUGACAAGCGAGGAGGCACGUGACAGUGACGAGGAGUCAGAGUACAUGAUCCCCUCGUCUCGUCCUGUCCUGCCCCCCAUCACAGUGCCACCUGUAGGAGAUUCUCCACCAGUCCUGAGGCCACAACAUCAGCCUCUAUCAGCACUCCAGUCACAGGCCCAAGCCCCCACCCUCAACUCAAGGCUGGCACUGGGUGAACUAGAGGAUGGACCUCAAAUGUAUGAAGCCAUGUACAACAUCCAGGCCAGGUCACAGCAAGCCAGAGAUUCAGAUUAUUCAGAGUUGCCCCCUCUGGCAAUGACCAAUGGUCCCAGAGACCACCCAGCAGAGGACAGAGAAGAAGAAGAAAAUGGCUACGAUUUCCCGAAACCCCGACUGCCGUUGCCCCUUGCACGACGGACCCUUUCAGAACUGGCAGGGUCUUCAUCCUCCUCUUCAUCCUCUUCUUCAAGUUCAUCCUCCACAGCUGCUUUCAGCCGCCUUUCUUUAGAUUCUGACGCUGGAGCUGCUGCAUCCUUCUCAGAGGUGGUGGAAGCACCAGAGAGACCCCCAAAGCCCCUGCCCAGACGAAUCAACUCAGAGCGUCGGCCCAGCCCUGUCCCACCCGUCCCUGCCGUUCCCAGCAGUGGAGCAACAGGAGGAGAAGCCAACUCUCAAAUUAGUAGUGAGAUAGAGCACCUCAUGAGUCAGGGAUACUCGUACCAGGACAUCCAGAAAGCACUGAUGAUUGCACAGAACAAUAUUGAAAUGGCUAAAAAUAUCCUGCGCGAGUUUGUCUCUAUUCCCUCCACCGCGCAUAUUCUAACAUAGCACACUUCCUGUGCCCUCUCUCAUGUUUGCUCUCUCGCCCUCGCUUGGCCCAGCCUGGUUGGGUUAAGGUUGGCACAGCCCAACCCAAAGCCCAUUGCCUGCAGCACUACCUCCGGUGCUGGCUGACGCCCCACGCCCCUGUGGAUUUUUUAACUGGCUGUUACUCCAGUGAGCUCACAGCAUCUCUGGGACUCUGCGCCCUGCACUCCAUGCGCUUUCAACAGUGUCUGGCCUUCUUUUAAACUGCUCCAGCAGGCCUCUUCCUUUUCAAGAACAUCUCCGCAGGACUGACCAAACGCAUGUGGAACAAUGAUGGGACGCCACAUGGUGUGAGACUUUCGCAGGAAUCCUGGAAAGACAAGAUUCUUAUCUUUCAUUUUGAAGCCUCUUGCUGAAAAUGUAACCAACACCUCACAAAUAAAACUAAAAAUGUAUGUCUAUAUGAAAAUUUAAUAUAUGAGUAAAUGUAUAUUAAAUGUGUGUAAUAUAUACAGUACGUGCAUAUACAGUAUGUGAAAAUGAUUUCAGCUUCGAGGUUCGCUGUUGGUACAAGCGUUAUGUGUAGACAGGGACCAGAUUCUGUCAGACUGAGGCAUGCGAGUGUGGAGAAGUAUCUGUGAGGAAGAGGAAGAGUCAGGGGGUCUUCCUCACCAGGAUCUGUCAGUCAGCAGCAGCUUAGAAGAUAUCCAGCGGCGCUUUUUCAUUAUGAAUCCAGUCUGUUAUGGCCUUUAAUUAACAACAUUUCUUUGGUACUUUUUUUUUGUUGGUUUUUUUUUUUUUUUUUUUUUUUGAAAACAUGCUUGUUUUGUCGUGUUGUAUCUUUGCAUGACGAUGGUUAUGACGAUGGUUUCAGGUCUGGACUGUUAUCUGGCUGUGUGUGUGUGUGUGUGUGUGUGUGUGUGUGUGUGUGUGUGUGUGUGUGUGUGUGUGUGUGUGUGUGUGUGUGUGUGUGUGUGUGUGUGUGUGUGUGUGUGUGUGUGUGUGUGUGUGUGUGUGUGUGUGUGUGUGUGUGUGUGUGUGUGUGUGUGUGUGUGAGAACUGCUCUUAAAUGAACCCCUGUUCCUGUACAACAUGAAUGUGGAAUUACAGUCAGUAUACUCAGACUACUGCUCUAACUCAUAUGGCAGGGCCUAGUGUAGCUGUACAGCCUGGCAGUGAGAUAAUUCGAGGACGUACUAAUGUUGACGACCCUGCAGUACCAGACAGGCUAGUGCUCUGUGAUCCGUGGCGGCUGAAACGUUUUCAUUUUGUCUUUGGCUGGCUGACUCGGGUUUCUGUCUCCAGCUCGGUCCGGUGUUAUGAAACAAAAAAAAAAAUUGUUAUUGAUUUACUUUGGUAAUAUAUUAUUGUAAUAUGAUCAUAAAUAUUGUUAUUAUCAUUAAUUCAGAAGUGCUUCACUGCUGCUACUAUUGUUAGUGCUAAACAAUUAAGCCUUAAAUGUACAUUUGUGAAUAUUGUGUUUAACCGUGUUCUUUAAAGUGACAGUAUCACCCGUGUUUUUCCAGUCCGUAAUGUAGCAUACUUGAAAGUACAAGCGGCUUGUGAGCCUGCAGCCCUCUCAAGCUGUCGACUCUUCAGUGUUUUAAACCUUCUUUUUUUUUUCCUCUCUGAUUCUCUGCAGGUCGACUCUGUAAUAAAGUAAACAAAAUGCAUUUAGUCAUAGAUUCAGGCUUCACUUUGACAUCCAUUUCCUUUCUUCUCGGGGGAUCGCCCCACUAAAAGGAAGUGAUUGCUGAGGCUUUUAAAAAGUAGGCUCAUGGGUUUGCUGGCCCACCCCCAAGUCUACAUAAAAAAUCAGUAUUUGGGCCAACUGUAAGAACUAACUCAGGAAUAAUGUUUAUCUUAACAAGUGGCGUUCACCCUGGCUGUCCAAAACCGGAGAAGACUCUUUAUUGGCAUAGACAGCAGCUCACCUGCCAUCUGCUUGUCCUGGUGACAUGUAGCCUAAAGUAUCCGCUUAAUGAAGUCACACCAGUAGCCUAUUACUUUUUUUUUUUUUUUUUUGUCACAUUAUAACUUGCACAUUUUACAUUUUACUUCCUUUUGUUCGCAGGACUAGAGAGAGCAGCUUCAUUUCCAGGUACUAUGAAUGAACAGAUUAAUAAAUGCAAGGAGCUUUUAGGUACAUUGAAUUGAACCUCUCCCAGCAUGUGAAGAAUGUUUUUGUUUAUUUUGGGAGGGUGUGAAUCCUGUCAAUAGCUAAUUAGCUUUAGCUUAUACUGGGUAAUGCUGUCUGUUGACUGGACGCUGUCUCCGCGCUGUCCGGCCAUCCUCUAGUUCCUUUUUUUUCCUGUUCCUAGUUGCCUUGAGAAACUUCUUGAAUGAUGGGUAAUGGACAUGGGGAGUUCCCCGAUCCUCAUUACUGUACCAAUGUUUUGUUAAUGUUUCAAGGACAGCACAAGUCAUUGUUGUGUAUUAUUUACCUUUUAUUUGUUUUUCACACAGUAUACCAAUUUGUGCUUUGAUACUGUCACUCUAAAGGAAAGCAAAUUGUAUAGUUAGUGGUAUAAA